AUGCCACCACGAAGUUUUGACACGCUUCUGAAACUGGUGGCUCCUCGAAUAAGGAAGGUCGAUACCAGGUUGCGCAAGGCGAUUCCACCGGAACGUCGCCUAGCUCUGGCAGUGAGAUUUCUGGCAGCAGGAGAGACUAUUCGGACGUCGUCGUUCAACUUCUUGGCGGGGCGCUCUACUGCUUGCGGCAUUGUGUCGGAUGUGUGCCAAGCGAUAUGGGAAGUCCUUGGUCCCUUGUACGUGAUGUACCCGUCGUCCGCAGCCGAGUGGCUCAAGGUUGCAAACGAAUUUGAGCUGAGGUGGAAUAUGCCGCAUUGCAUAGGAGCCAUCGACGGGAAGCAUGUUGUGAUCGAGUGCCCAGCAAAUACAGGUUCUCAAAAGAGGAACUACAAAGGCAGUUUCAGCCACUCACUACUAGCUAUAGGUGAUGCUAAUUACAAGUUUCUCUAUGUCGAAGUUGGCCAUUACGGCAGUGAAUCUGAUGGUGGUGUUUUCGGGCGUAGCAAGCUGCUAGAGUUGAUCGAAGCCAGUAAAAUGGGAAUUCCUAGAGACUCCGAGAUAGGCAACAUUGGUGCCAUGCCAUAUUUUUUCGUGGGCGAUGAAGCGUUUCCUUUGAAAACCUUUAUGAUGAGGCCUUAUUCUCGGAAAUGUAAGUCACUAAAAUCUUUUUCGAAGCCAUUCGUGCUUUGCGUUCUUGUAGUGCCAUUGCCAUUUUUGUUUGCUAGCUUUAUUUAUGCCAGGUUUAUGUUGUGCAAUGCAGCCCUUCCAUCCUUGUUCAGUGACACAUCUGAUGAUCAUCAGGCUUUUGAAGAGCGGCACAAGAAAAUAAUUUUUAACUAUCGACUCAGCCGAGCACGAAGAGUUGUUGAAAAUGCCUUUGGCAUUAUGGCUCAAAGGUGGCGCAUCCUUCGACGGCCUUUUAAAGCAAAGGAAGAAAACAUUCGUAAAUUGUGUCUGCUUGUGUAA